GGCUGUAUUCUCAGAAUGUAAAUCCAGGGGGAUUAGUGAGAACACACCGAGUUGUAAAACCCUUCAGUCGCUCUCCAAGGGGUCUGUGCCUCAGUGCGUAAAGUUGGGACGCGGCUCCGGACGCACCGCGCAGCGCCUCACUACCCACACGGGCUCCACGUGCGUCACCUCUGCGGGAUACUCGACGAGGAUUCCCGCGUUGACGCCACUGCCCCUCGCGGGUCAAUGACAGAUGAAGCCAGCAUUUGAACCAGUGGCGUCUCGUUGACGUGAAGGCGUUUCCCCCCCUCCGAGCAGAUCGAAUGUCCCGGAGCGCGAGAGGGGACAUGGGUCAACUCUAUGGUGCGACUCUUUUACCAUUCGGCGCGAUCUGUGUGGUUUUGCUGUGGGAGUCCGGUGCCAGCUCUGUCAGGACGACGCUCGCCCGCGACACCUCGAGAGCCGAGUGUCCAGAGAAUAGGAUCCUGACGGUGGAGUACCCCUGCGUCAGAGCGGGAGGGAAGAACAGCACCUGUUUCAGGAGGAAAUGCUGUGAAGGAUUCAGGUUUGUGAUGGGCCAGUGCGUACCUGAAAGCGUCGAUGUGUGUGCUGCGUCGCCCUGCGAGCAGCAGUGCACCGAUAACUUUGGACGAGUCGUCUGCACGUGUUACCCUGGCUAUCGCUUUGACCGAGAAAGACACCGCAGCCACAAAUCUCCUUACUGUCUGGACAUUGAUGAGUGUGAGCACUCAGGCAGCAGCGUGUGUGACCAUGAGUGUGUGAACACGGUGGGAAGCUUCCUGUGUCGCUGUCACAGUGGCUACAUACUCGCCCGGGACCAGCGCUCCUGCAUCCCCGUACACAACUUGAGUUCAUCUGGGAAGUCCGACACCUUGAUGAGUGCUGGCACUUGCUCGUUCACCUGUCAGGAUUUUAUCAACAUGAAAAGCAGUUUGCUGCAGCUCAAGCUGAGGCUGGGCAACACACAGUCACCAAACCAGGUUCCUGACCUGGCCAACAGCAGUGGCAAGCCAUGUCUGGGUAGGGCCGGAAAAAGUCCCGAGAGCCCUUGUCUUCCUGGUCUGCCCGGCCCUCCAGGAGCUCCUGGGGUCCCAGGACACCCAGGAGGACCGGGAAAGAGAGGCGACCCAGGGGAGCGGGGCCCACCUGGCCCUCGGGGUCCACGGGGAGACAUGGGACCCAUGGGUCCAGAGCCUGACUUGAAGCAUAUCAAAAGAGGCCGCAGGGGGCCAGUGGGACCGACCGGGGCAGCAGGAAGAGAUGGGAUAAAGGGUGACAGAGGAGCUCCAGGUCCCAGAGGCCCACCUGGACCCCCCGGCUCCUUUGACUUCCUUCUGCUUAUGAUGGCCGACAUCCGUAACGACCUAAUUGAACUGCAGGAGAAGGUGUUCGGGGAGCGGCGAGGCAUCUCUCUGGACAGCCCUCCUCAUUCCAGCGGGGAAAUGGAUUUUGUCGAGUGGGGCUCCGGCCAAGGAGAACUCAUGGUCAAUACUUGACCUUUUGACUUCCCAUGUCCCAGUAACAAGACACUCGAAACCGAAGCUUGACUCUUUUCUUCACUGAUAAAGGAUGUUUGCUGGUCGAAGUACCAUCAUGUAAAUAAUUCUUAAAAUGCCAGCUGGGAUGAACCGGGCAAGGAGCCCUCGGUUCCACUCUCAAAAUUGACACGGACUGUAAACAAACAAAAAAGAAUAGAGAGAUACAAGGAUUACGUAAUGCAACACAGUCUCUCUGCGAGCGCUGUCUCGCCGGCGUUCAUACGCUGCGGUGUGAGUGAGGGAUGUGCGUGCGGGACAUGGAGUGAGAAAGACGCAGUGUGAGCCUUCAUGUCUGAGUCGCUGAGCUGUGCCUCUGAGCUGAACCACUUCAAACGUUGAACUUUAUCGUCUACAUCUCUUCCUGUUCCUGAGUCUGUCCGUGGAAGCUCUGCAGCCGCUGACAGUUUGCCUGCAGGGCACUGGUACAAAGUCCCAGGACCCGCACCGUGAGCCUCCCCUGCACCUGACUGCAGUAUCCAGCCCUCCAGUCUGAGCUCCACUCGCCACUCCGAGGGCAGACACUUCAUGAGAUGAGCAUGAGCACAGACAAUCCCAAUGUUGUACUGUUGGACAGUGAUGCCUUACGUUUUGAUGAAAUUGUACCAUUGAACAACUCAAGUUCAAAUAUGAUUUUAAAAGAAAACAUUUACUGCAAUAUGGGUUUUUUUUUUUAUCUAAACACAGCCAAUCUUCUGACAUUAUGAUUUACAUAAAAAUAAUCUGCUGCUAUCUUCUUCUUAUAAAUAAAAUAUGCAGAGUAUUUUACAGCUUUAAAUUAAAAGGAUGAAAUUAAUUCCGAAUCACAAAUCACUUUUAUAACCCACAUAUUAUCGGGCAAGCCGACAGCGAACAUAUUCCUUAUUAGAGAAAUGGUCCAACGGGAACAGUUUAAUGGGAAGAGAUGCACAUAGUUGUACUUCACACACACCAGACCAGAGUUGGUCAGAAACAUGACGGACAUGAAGAAGGUAGGCAGCUUGAACGAUUAUUUUUAUUUUUUAUUUUUUUUUUACUGUGAAGCAGCUGCCGAGAAUUGCUCAAUAAAGGUUUGUCUACAGUAAAUCUAGAUUUGAACUUUGAAA